AUGUCAUCAUCGUCAAGUUCAUCACGUCAUCAAACGAAUCGUCAAGAUUAUGAUGAAAAAGAGAGUUUAUAUGAAAAUAUUCUUCAUAUCAAAUUUCUUCUACCUGGAACAACAACAGGAAGUGUCAUCGGAAAAGGUGGAGAAAGAAUCGCUUCAUUACAAAAAGAAACAAAUACAAAAAUGAAAAUGUCCAAAGCUGGAGAUUAUUUUCCUGGAACACAAGAACGUGUUUGUCUUGUCAUUGGAACGAUUCCAAAUGUUUUAUCUGUUUAUGAAUUUUUAUCUGAGAAAAUCAAAGAAACAUUUCCAGGCGAUGUAAUUCGUUCACGUCAAAUCAAAUUACUUAUUCCCAAUGCAACUGCUGGAGUUAUUAUUGGAAAAGGAGGAACAACUAUUGAAAAUAUAAAACAUGAUACAACAGCUUCACUCACAAUUACACCUAAAUCAGAUAUUUCAGAAAGAGUUAUGACAAUUACAGGUGAUGAAAAUACUCGAAUCAAAGCUUUAGAAAUUGUUUUACAAAAAGUCUUAGAAGAUCCACAUCAUGAUAAUAUUACCAAUGUAAAUUAUUCAAAUGAAAAGAAUUUUCUAAAUAAUUGUUCGAAUUAUCCAUCAACUACGAACGAAAUCAAUUCAUUUAAUGAUCAUAAUUUAAAUGGAAAAAGUCCUGGUUUAAUGUCGAUAAAUUCUUCUUCAUAUAUAUCUUUACAAUUGAGUGGUUUACAACGUUUAUCUCAAUUGAUUAUAAAUGCUGGUGGAACGAAUCAUUUGACGGUUGAUUCUCUUAUUAAUUCUUUAACAUCAUUUGGUUUUAUUGAUUCCCAAAUACAUGAAAUUGUUCAAUCGAUUGGUUCAUUAAUUAAUUAUGGAUUGAUAACAGUUGAAAAUACAUCUCGAACAAAUCUUUAUUCUCCACCAUUUCCUACAAAUUACAAUCACUUUACAUUUUCUCAACGUGAUCGUUCAGAUAAUUAUUCUCGAAACAGUACUGAUAUGGAUUAUAAACGAUUUAAAUCUGAUCAACAACGAUCGAACAAAUCUAAACGAUAA